GUCGCCAGCAGAAGAUGGCAGAAGUCGCUCCAGCUCCACCGCCCGUCGCUGCUCCGGCCAAAGCGGCCAAGAAGAAGGCCUCCAAGCCCAAGAAGAGCGGCCCCAGCGUCGGCGAGCUGAUCGUGAAAACCGUGGCCGCUUCCAAGGAGCGAGGCGGCGUGUCGGCGGCCGCCCUCAAGAAGGCUCUGGCCGCCGGAGGAUACGAUGUGGACAAAAACAAAGCCCGAGUCAGGACCGCCAUUAAGAGCCUGCUCACCAAGGGAACCCUGGUCCACACCAAGGGAACCGGGGCCUCCGGCUCCUUCAAGAUGGGCAGCAAGGCCGAGACCAAGGCGAAGAAGCCCGCUGCUAAAGCUAAGAAGCCCGCGGCGGCGAAGAAACCCGCAGCGGCGGCGGCCAAGAAGCCCAAGAAAGUAGCAGCCAAGAAGCCUGCUGCUGCUGCUGCCAAGAAGUCUCCUAAGAAGGCCAAGAAGCCAGCAGCCAUCAAGAAGGCAGCGAAGAGCCCUAAGAAGGCGGUCAAGAAGGCCACUAAGAGUCCUGCGAAGGCAGCAGCCAAGAAAGCUCCAGCGAAGAAGACCGCUAAGCCCAAAGUCAAGAAGGCAGCAGCCAAGAAGUGAACUCCAUCCCUCACAGACAUCCUCUACACAAAGGCUCUUUUAAGAGCCAACACUGCAACGCAUAAGAGCUCAUUCCGUCACUUUUAACAAACUUUAUCCAUGAAGAGAAAUGCCUCCUGCAAUUACGGAGAGUUAGCAUGAGCGUAUUAACAUUUUUUUUUGUUUUCAAAAAUUAGAAAUGUUCGAUUUUUCUACUGAGGGACUUUGCAGAAGUCGAACAUUUUUAAAAUUCCUGAAAUUUCCGUGUUUUUGCACUAGAUAGUUUCUGAGUAAUCUCAAAAUUAGAUAUCUUUCUAGCAAAUUUGAGUUUUCAAACAUUUUUAGCAGAAAUGCAUUUAUUCUCUCUAUAUUGGUCAUAGUUCACUGUUCUAUCUCUGUACAUUAUGUAAUUUAUGGGUUGUUUACAGAUGCAUAUGCUCAUUGAGAUUUUCAGUGUGAAAACAUUAAUUUCCUGUUGCUAUGAUGCAUCACUUGAUACUGUUGCAGUUUGGUUUUGUAUAAAAUGUAAUUGUUUGUUUUGUGGUUUUGUUUUUGAAAGUCACCCUUCACAGUUCAGUUUGUACAAAAUUUUAGUUUAACAUUUUACUUUAAAAUUGGUACAAAUCACAAAUCCUAUAACUUUCUGGCAUUUUGUGUUGAAGAUUUGCAGCGUCACUAUUUUUGCUCUAUAGUGACGCUUAAAAGAAAAAUUCCAUUAUUCCUGCUUUUUAACUAGGACAUUUUUGGAUUGAAUAUUUUUGUAACAACAUUGUAGUUUUACUCCAGUCAAACUGAAUGUCAGUUUUCAGAGAUGGUUUCUACAUUGUGAAGUUUGGUAUUUUCUUGACAACAGGUGUUAUAUUUUGUAAUAAAUGAUCGAUUUUGUUCGUAUUACAA